AAUACUUUACUCCAAGUUCAAAUAACAGAGUGCAAUUUAUUGAAAAUUGAAGUCGGACCAUUUGGCUCGCUCUUGGGGUUGAAGCCGCUAGACUGUUGUUUUCGUUCUUCGCAUACCAGCAGGACAGGACAGAUGAGUGUUGGGGUGUUAAAAAAAGCGCUAGCUCAAUCAGCUCUUGCAGGACUGACGGAGGCAAGGGCAAGGAUCUUUGGUCAUGUGCUAAACCCAACAGGGCAGAGAUCUCCUCACAAGCUUUUACGGAAGAAACUCAUUGGUGAGAAAGUUGCAUCCUGGUACCCGUAUGACAUCAAAAGAGAUGACCCUCUUAUCAUGGCCCGAGAACAGCAGGAGCGUCUGUCCAAGCUUGAAAUGUUGAAGCGUCGUAAUAAGGGACCACCCAAGAAGGGCCAAGGAAAGCGUGCUGCUAAACGUAAGCCUGCAGUGCCCAAGUAGGGCAAAGAGUAGGUAGCCAAUGUGUCAAGGAAUUCUCUGAAUAAUUUAGUUUGGAAUGUGUGGCACUUAAGUUUGUUUCCUCCUUUUUUGUUUCUUUGGACCUGCACUUGGAAAAUAUAUCCGUUUUUUGGGACUCUGUAUGAGCCCACGUUGCAGCAAUAGAUGUCAACUAAUAUGUUCUUUUAUCAAACAUUUACUUGGAUUUAUUUAGUCAAUUAAAUGUGUUCGCUUUUCAUCC